AUGGGCCCCUGUACCGCCUCCUCAUGCUGCUGCCAGGCCCGUAAUCUGCCAUGGGCCCCCGUACCAACCCCUCAUGCUGCUGCCAGGCCCGUAAUCUGUCAUGGGCCCCUGUACCGCCUCCUCAUGCUGCUGCCAGGUCCAGAGUGUGUCAUGGGUCCCUGUACCGCCUCCCAUUGCUGCUGUCUCCAUCGCCACACUCUGCCAUGUGCCACUUUCAGGUCUCCUCACACUGCUGGUGGGUUCCAUUUUGUCAUAGGGUGCUGUAUGGCCUCCCAUUGCUGCUGCCUCCACCGCCACACUGUGGCUCCACACUCUGGUUUUGGCCCCGUGACUGCCCAAAUGAGUGAAGUGUGCGGUGAUUCUAAGAUCGACGGCACUCAUCUGCAUGUCAUACUGAGUGACAGUAUUAUUUCUCUUCCCCAGCAGACUCCAAGGGCAUUUAAAUUAAAGGUACAGUGUUCUGCACUAAUAUAA